AUGGGGGAGCAGGGACUGUAUGGGGGCAGGGGCUGCGUGGGGGAGCAGGGACUGUACGGGGGCAGGGACUGUACGGGGACAUGGACUGUACGGGGGCAGGGACUGUAUGGGGGCAGGGACUGUAUGGGGGCAGGGACUGUAUGGGGAGCAGGGACUGUACGGGGGCAGGGACUGUAUGGGGAGCAGGGACUGUAUGGGGGCAGGGGCUGUGUGGGGGAGCAGGGGACUGUAUGGAGAGCAGGGGACUGUACGGGGAGAGCAGGGACUGUACGGGGAGAGCAGGGACUGUACGGGGAGAGCAGGGACUGUACGGGGAGAGCAGGGACUGUACGGGGAGAGCAGGGACUGUACGGGGAGAGCAGGGACUGUACGGGGAGAGCAGGGACUGUACGGGGGGAGCAGGGACAGUAUGGGGAGCAGGGACUGUAUGGGGAGCAGGGACUGUAUGGGGAGCAGGGACUGUAUGGGGAGCAGGGACUGUAUGGGGAGCAGGGCCAGUACGGGGAGCAGGGCCAGUACGGGGAGCAGGGACUGUACGGGGAGCAGGGACUGUACGGGGAGCAGGGACUGUACGGGGAGCAGGGGCUGUACGGGGAGCAGGGGCUGUACGGGGAGCAGGGACUGUACGGGGAGCAGGGACUGUAUGGGGAGCAGGGACUGUAUGGGGAGCAGGGACUGUAUGGGAAGCAGGGGCUGUAUGGGAAGCAGGGGCUGUACGGGGAGCAGGGGCUGUACGGGGAGCAGGGGCUGUACGGGGAGCAGGGACUGUACGGGGAGCAGGGACUGUACGGGGAGCAGGGACUGUACGGGGAGCAGGGACUGUAUGGGGAGCAGGGACUGUAUGGGGAGCAGGGACUGUAUGGGGAGCAGGGGCUGUACGGGGAGCAGGGGCUGUACGGGGAGCAGGGACUGUACGGGGAGCAGGGACUGCAUGGGGAGCAGGGACUGCAUGGGGAGCAGGGACUGUAUGGGGAGCAGGGACUGUAUGGGGAAGCAGGGACUGUAUGGGGAAGCAGGGACUGUACGGGGAGCAGGGACUGUAUGGGGAGCAGGGACUGUAUGGGGAGCAGGGACUGUAUGGGGAGCAGGGACUUCCUGCACUUGAAUCCAUUUUACUGGAAAAAUCCAGCAGCUUUUGUUUUGCCUUGA